AUGGCACAGUCAGACUCGAGGGGACACCUCGAGGGUGAGGAUGACCCCGAUCUCGUCAUGAUAGACCGAGACGACGUGAGCAACUACAACCCCGAGCAAAUCCUCCCCCAAUCCCCAGAAACAAUCCGAGAGAUAAAAACCUGGCUCGACCCCACGGCGUAUAACAUUGCUGGCGGCGAGUACCGCAAGCACCGCGCUUCCCACGUAGCAGGUACCGGCACCUGGCUCACCUCCACGCCUACUUACCAAGAAUGGCUGAAUGGCACUGAACAUGGUCUUCUUUGGCUUAGAGGCAUUCCCGGCCCGCCUCUGCAGGAGCAGUUGGCAACCUAUGUUGAAAGCUCUAGAUCGCUGGACAGCCUUUCUAUUGAUGAUCUUUGGAGGGAUCUGCGUAUGGCCUUUUCGCGUCUUCCCGGCAGGGUCUUUUGCGUCGGAGACGCGCUUGACGAAAUGGACCGUGGACACGACACCUUCCUCAAGACCCUUGGCUCCCUAGGUCAGUGGCGUCCGGGAACUGUUAAAGUCCUGAUUACGAGCCGCCCCGUCCCCGCUGUAGAGGCCCCUCUCCGAAACAUUCCUUGUCUCCAUCUCCGACUUGAGGAAGACCAGGUCGACGCCGAUAUCUCCACAUAUGUGCGCUUCGCCCUAUCGCACUCAGAUAUCCCGCGAGGUCAAUGGCAAACCAUUCAGGAUGCUGUUCCUGGCCGGGCAAAUGGCCUCUUCCUCUACGCCAAGUUGGCAAUGGAUGCCUUCCUCGAGCCUGGUGCUCAGAUUGCCACAGUCCUCAACCAGUUACCCCAGGAUCUCAACGCCCUGUAUACAGAUCUUCUAGCCGAGCACGCCCGCCGGUCGGGAGUGUCCCCACACAUACAACAGCUAAUCCUUCAGUCCGUAACCCAUGCGAUACGGCCCCUACGUCUGCUAGAGCUUGCCGAGAUGCUUCGUGUCUGCGGCCCGGAUUCAGGCGCGCAGGACCUGAGGGCCACCAAGGAUCUCAUCAGGGCGGCGUGCGGUCCCCUCUUGGAGAUUCUGGCCGACGAGACUGUCUCUGUUGUUCACCAUUCCUUUACCGAGUAUCUCAAGGGUACGACAAGAGGCAAGGGCGACCCCGGUUACCCAGUGCUCGAAAGGGACAACGACAGCGACUGGGAUCUAGACGAGGGGUCCAUCUUCCACUCCAACUUCUAUUCGAUUAAGGGCAAAACUUCACAAAUCCCGGAAGGUGUCAGCGAGAGCGAAUCGAAGUUGAGGAUUAAGCAUCCAUUCUUCGACUACGCAGGGAGAUAUUGGCACCACCACGUCGUCGUGUCCGAUGCAGAGGGCUCGGAUCAGACGAGCGUAAAUGCCGAGAUCCACGGAUUUAUAAGUGAUAAGGGCCUUUGGACGACCUGGUUACGUUAUCAGUGGUCUCGAGAUAGAGGCGGCGCGAAGUCCCUCUCCCCACUUCACGUUUCAGCGUAUCUGGGCUUGGUUUCCUUUACCAAAGAAUUACUCAAGACCAUCGACGUUGACGUGAAGGAUUCUCGAGAGGCAACGCCAAUAUGGUGGGCCGCUGCUGGCGGGAACGCAGACAUUAUUCGCAUCUUGAUCGCCGCCGGAGCCGAUCCCGACACCCCAGAAUCGCGAAGGGGCCUCAAGCCGCUCCACGAAGCCGCCUGGCGCAACCACCACGAGGCCGUGCUCACGCUCCUCGAGGCAGGCGUCGAUCCCCUUACGCCGAAAACAAAGGAAAAUCCCGGGCGGAGGUGCGGAACUAGCGCCGGCACGGUGGGCGACACGCCCUUCAUGUACGCUUGCGAAAACAAUCACGUCGAGUCCGUCGACGUCUUCCUUCGCUUCAUUCAGGAUGUCGACGCCGUCAACGACGGAUUGCUCUCGGGCGCCGAGGGGGCAAGGCGAGCGUGGUGGAGCGUAUCCUCACCCACCCCGGUGUCGACGUCAACCGCCGCUACGGUCGAGCACCUGCUGCGCGCCGGGGCGGAUCCCAACCUGAUGUGUGGUGCCGACAUCAACGCGAGGGAUCGCAGCAGCAGCCCGCCGAUUUUCCACAUCAUGAUCAGUUAUAGACACGAGACCAUUCUCAAACUCUUGGAGUAUGGCCCAGACUGUAACAUCGUGAACAAAGCGGGCAGCAACGCCCUUCACGUGGCAUUGGAGCGGUGGUCGAACCACCCCGACAUCAUCGACGCCAUGCUACUCGCGGGCGCCAAUCCGAACGCUCGGAAUCGCGCGGGCCUGACGCCCAUUCUUUCCAUGCAGUCGGACCAGAUCAACCUGGAUUUGGUGGACCGCUUGCUCGCGGCAGGCGCCGACAUCAACGCCGUCGACAACGCGGGCGCCUCGUUCCUUUUCCGCAUCUUUUCCGCGACCGGGUCCAGGCUAGGCGCCAAGACGCGCGCCGAGGUGAAGAAUGUGAUUCAAAAUGUCCUCGAACGAGGAGCUAAACCCGCUCCUCGGGACUUCAAGGGCCGCACUGUCCUCCACGUUUGCGUCAGCAAAGACCAGGCCGCGCUCUCGCUGGAGCCCGACAUUCAUGUCGUCGACCACGCUGGGAACGGGCUCCUCCACGCGAUCGCGGCAAGCCCUGCGAAUCAUAAAUCCCACGAUUCGCCGAGCCGCCUCGCCUUUUGGAAAUGGUUGGUGGAUCAGGGGCUUGAUGUGAGCGCGCGGAACCACCUCGGCCGCACGCCGCUGCACAAUCUGUGCAUCGAGAAAGAGUCCUAUAACACAGGACGCAAGAGCACUGGGCUCCCAAUCGACUUUGUCAUUUCGCAAAUGUCCGAUGUCAACGUCGCCGACGUGGACGGCGUCACGCCUCUGCAUUUAGCCGCGCUGCUUCUCGACGCAGGUGCGGAUGUCAAGCUAGGCAACGUGUUUGGCGCGUGCGCCUUCUUUGAGCGGGAAAACCAGCUGUGGCGCCACCCCGUGCCCUCGCAGGAUGGAGAGGACGGCAGCCCCAUGGCGAUCAAAAUGACUGACGACGGUCGACCAGGUGUGGGUGAGAAGCCGGCCACGGGGAACUCGGGAAAGUUGCUACCGGCGGAGACGACCCGACUGGACGAGAUUCUGGAGAUGAUUAUCGCUCGUGGAGCAGACGUGUCGGCUCUCUCGUACGAUGUGGGUGGCGGAAACGUAUUUGCCCAAUCAGUGCAUAGUGGCAACAAAGAUUAUACUGCCGGCUGCUUCGCGAGGGAACUGAGCAAGUGGGAGGCCGAGACGGGCAAAGCGUCCCGCUAUUCGACGGAGAAUCGACUCUUUGCCAAGUAUAUGAGGCCGCGCGUAGAGGAAGCGGCCAUCCAGGGCGUCAAAGAAUGUGGAAUGCUUCGAAGUGGCAGGAGAACUCGAGACAUCUUUCGCCACCUCAUGGUUCGGAGAGAAUACCGCCUCGUGGAGGAGAUGGCGCGCGUUGGGAGCCCAUUUUUGCCUGUGGCAGAGCUGAACGAGGAAUGCAACCUCUCUGUACUCAUCGAAAACGGCUGCGCCUCGCUCCUGGAUACAAUCGGGACUUUGGCUGGGGAGGAGAAGCUAAAGGACGGGAGCUGGCACGCGUACGGCGACGAGACGAAACCCGGCUUGUGGUACGCAAAGAGAGAUCUAGCCAACGCGGACAGCCAGGGCUGCAACCCGUGCCCGUUCCUCAUUGACGCGCUGGACUGCGAACUGCCCAACAUGGCGGUCGUGCGCCUUCUCGUGGAGAAGUUUGGCGUGGAUGUCAACGAGAUGUACCACAGGAAAGCAAACUACGACGGCAAGUACGUAUUUGGGCCGGUCGAUUCCCCCAUUCAUACUGCUGCUGCUAGCACGACAUGGUGGCAUGUCCACCAGGCCCUACCGUACCUCAUCCAGGCCGGCGCCGACGUGAACGCGCGAAACAUCCACGGAGCUACUCCGUUGCAUGUGGCGACGGGCGAAGGGGACACGCGUCGAACCUGUUUGGCGCUCGCGGCGCAGCACGAUGCUGGCAUGGCGGAGCUUCUCGUCAAGUACGGGGCAAAAGUCGCACGGGAGGAAGUCGAUGCAGCCGUGUUCCACAAAGAAACCCGUACUCUUCGACUCCUUCUCUCCGCGGGAUUCGACGUCAACCUGGGCCCGGAGAAGGCGGACUCUGAAAUACCACAGCCGCUACUUUUCAAAGCUGUCCACGGGCUGGGUCGUGCGCUCAAAACCAUGCCUUUGACAAAGGGACGCGAAGUCGUUCGCAUCCUUCUCGAGCACGGGGCCGACCCAUUUGCCAAGUUCCACGAACGGUUGGAAGCCAAGCACAAGGCUGCAUUGACAAGCCCCCGCCCAACAAUCCAUGUUCCGCAGGGGUACCAGGAGCUGACCGUCUUACACAAGAUCUUCAUGUCGGAGUUUACGGUCGACUUAUUCCUCGAGUCCGAGAACUUGGACGUGAACCAUCGCGACGCAGAGGGUCGUACAUUGCUCCACGCAGCGUGUCAUCACGGUGCUGGGCUGGACUACGUGCUGGCCGCCGACGAUGGUGGUGACGUGGAGGGCAUCGCCCUCGGGACAACCAUUUUCCAACGCUUGGUAGCCCUCGGUGCCGACCUCGACGCGACAGACAAUUGUGGAAGAAAUGUCCUCCACCAUGUGAUCGGAAACGAGAACGUUUCUGGCCUGCCUUAUGGCUAUGGGACCAGCCCCCUCCUCAACGCCGGCGCAGAUCCCCUCGCCGCGGAUAAUCGCGGUGACACGGCCCUCCACUUCCUCGCGCAAAAGCUCGACACGCCCACCCUGCGCGACCUCUUCAUGGACAUCGCCGGGCCGCGUGGGGCCGACGUCAACGCGCGGAACGCCCAGGGCGAGACGCCGCUCUUCGCAUUCAGCUUCCGGCCUCCCAGGACUUUGUUUCAAAAUGCACGCUUCGGCGGCUUUUGUGGCUUCGGCGGCGACGAGUCCCCUCGCGAGCCCCCAGAGGCGAAAGUGUUGCCUUUGCUGGUCGAGCUGGGAGCUGACUUUUCGGUGCGGGAUAACAAGGGGAGGGGCCUCCUCCACGUCGCGGCGAGCGGAAGUGUGGAUCGCUUCAAGGAGCUGAUGGAACUGGGGUUGGAUCCGAUGGCAGAGGAUAACGCGCAGCAGACUGCGAUUGACGUGGCAGCGGCUUGCAGUAACACGGAUAUCUUGGAGUUAUUUCAAAACAAGAAGCAAAGGUGCACUCCGACGUUGAGGCUAGAAGUCAAACACGCCCCGUCGACGCUAACCAAAGUGGGCCAUCACCCUCUUCUUCUUCACCUCAUCAACUGUCCGGGCUCCCACAUCCUCAAGACACUCCUGGCUCAUCCAGCCUUCUCCACCGUCCACGCGUACUCGCGCAGGCCCCUGGCGAACGCCAGCCCCAAGCUCCAAUCCGUCACCAACACCGACUCCGAUGCCUGGCCCGCAUCAUUCCCUGCAGGUGCCAGCAUUUUCUUCUCGGCGCUCGGCACCACCAAGGCCCAGGCCGGCGGGAUCGAAAACCAGCGCAAGAUUGACCUGGACCUGAACCUCUCCCUGGCCAAGGCCGCCAAGGAUGCCGGCCCGCAUGGCCUACCCCGCAUGAAGGGCGAGCUCGUGGACGGUGUCAAGGCUCUGGGCUUCAAGCACACCGUCAUCUUGAAUCCCGGCUUGAUUCUCGGCACGCGCGAGGAUAGCCGGCCCCUCGAGGCGGUGGCGAGGACUAUCGCCGGUUUCCUGGGCGGCAUCUCGGGUGGCGCGCUCACCAACUCGUGGGCCCAGGAUGCGGACACGAUCGCCAAGGCUGCUGUCAGCGCCGGUGUGCAGAUCCUGGAUGGGAAGAGGGAGCCCGGGGUUUGGGUUAUGCCCCAGUCGGAGAUUGUUGAGCUCGGUCUUACGGGGUGGAAGGACCCCGCAGCUCCUACCGAGAGCCAGUAG